AUGCCGUGCCUUACAUGCAAGAAAAGUAUUUUAGCUAAUGAAUUACUAUGUUGUAAGGAUUGUAAAACCCAAUUUCACUACCAAUGCCUGGACAUAUCCAAAGUACAAUACAAAGAAUUAUCAGAUACUGAUAAGAAGAUAUGGCAAUGCCAAGGAUGCCGCAAUGUUUCUCGUCGCAAUCGCAACGACGAUACGCCGAUUGGAAAAAAACAGGCCCAGAAUCAUCAAGUAUCUGCUGAUUCAUGUGAGACACACCACUUGACAAAGGAGGAUGUCCGGGAGGUUCUGCGCUCUGUGUUGAAUGAGGAAAUGGCGAAAAUGAAAUCCGUAUUGACCUCUGUAAUAGAGUCUAAAAUAAAAACGGUAAUGGAAGAGGUUGUCGCUUUAAAGACGUCAAUGGAUUUUAUAAAUAAAGAGUUUGAAGAUAUAAGGAGUACAUUUAAGUCAAGCAACACUUUGGCUAAGCAACUCGAAAAAGAAAACUGUGCUUUGCGAUCCGAAAUCGCCGACCUGGGUAUGCGCAUGAACCAGAUGGAACAGCAUUCCCGGGCAAACAACUUGGAAAUCCAGUGUGUCCCUGAAUUUAAGGAUGAGAACCUAAUCAGCACUGUCCUGCAGCUGGGUAGAGUCGUCGAAGCAAGCAUUCACGAGGAUGACAUACUACAUUGCUCCCGCAUCGCCAAGAUGAAGAAUAGCUCGUCCAGACCACGUUCAAUUGUGGUGCAGUUCGCGCGUCCCAAGGCUCGAGACGGUCUUCUGGCUUCAAGUUUGCAAUACAACAAAACCCACCCAAACGAAAAGCUGAACUCGGGCCAUCUGGGUAUCGCCGGAGAGAAGAUGCCUGUUUACGUAGUGGAACAUCUCUCGUCGACUAAUAAGGCGCUUCACGCAGCGGCACGAGCAAAAACAAGAGAACUGCAGUACAAAUUUGUCUGGGUAAAGCAUGGUAGAGUUCUCGUUAGGAAAAAUGAAUCUAGUGAACACAUUAUCAUUCGUAACAUGGAAUGUCUUAAUAAUUUAAAGUAA